AUGGUGUACACUCCACAAGAUGACAACCUUAUAAAGUUUGUCUUUAGACGCCAUCUUGGACCGCCACCAUCAGUUCCUGAAGAUCAGUCUGCUUCACAAUCGAACACGCUGACACGUACUACGGGCACAUUGAGCACGCUGAAGCGAGAGCGAGCAAAAGAACGUGAGCGGCAACAACGUGAACUGAACAUUCUUGCGGAAUUGGAGAAAAAGGACGAACAAAGUAGAAACGCAGAAACGGCAGACGCUACCGAAGCUGGCAAACAACGAAAAUCGCCAACACAUCCUCCUCUAAAGGAGAGAACCAGUUACGUGGAGGAGCCGCAUUCGAACGCUACAACUUUGGAGCGGAAGGAGCGCAAGAUGGAGAAAGAGCAAGCAUUGGUACGACGAAUCACCAAUGACAUGCAAAUCGCACAUUAUGUUCGCCAGAUGGAAAUGGCUCGAUCACAUGGAAAACGACAUCGAGGAGCUUUCUCAACUGGUGUCUAUCGGAUUCGCUCGUUACGUUUCGUUGAAGCUGGACUACGUCGUGCCUUGUGGUAUCUUGGCAAAGCAAUUGCAAACCAUAAACUUUUAUUCGUGCUGCUGCCGUUAAUCUUCGUUUCGGCAUCUUUAAUUGGUCCUGUGCUAUACCGCAAUAAAAUGACAGCCACGUUGCCGUUCCCUGUACUAGGCGGUAAUGGUAAUGACGUCAUCUCCAAUGGAUACAGUAUACAGCGAACGCAGCGGGACUUUAACUACAGUAAUCCGGCAUUUACGGCAUUGAAUUUUCUCGAUACAUCCACAUACGCUGUAUUGCUAAGGACAAUGGUCGCAAGAGACACCAUCCUUCGUAAAGAUGCAGUGCUAGCCUAUUCAGCAUUAAAGAAACGGCUUGAUAAUUUUCCUAUCGGAAAUCGAGAGUUCUUGGAGUCAUGUCCAGCGGAGUGUGAAAUGGAGAAGGAAAUGGUCGAUAAGAUAAUCAAGAAGAGUCCUCAGGUGGCACUGACGUUUCCCGAAACGUUUGUUAGCAUGACCAAAGAUUCAACGAAUCUCAGUCGAGUUUAUCUUGGAGGAUCUAUUGGAGGCGAGUUUGAUUUUCUUUGGUUAGAGGGUGUUGAGACAGACUCCGACGGUGCCAUCUCUCGCGCUCAAUCUUUAGUGUUGACGUUCAAAUUGAAAGAAAGCGUGACUGCUGAACAAAAUGCUGCAUGGGCAGAAAAUUUCGCUGAGCAGGUAGUUCAUUUACAUUUUGAAUUUUUAACUAUAUUUGAUUCUAUAUUUAUUGAAUUUUGUAUAGAAGGCGCUUGGGUAUUUCCCAUCUUCCCCGAGUUCUUUUGUUGA